AUGAACUUUCUGCGGGGCGUCAUGGGCGGGCAGAGCGCCGGCCCUCAGCCCUCCGGCGCAGAGACGAUUCAGAAACUAUGUGACAGAGUAGCAUCCUCAACCUUACUUGAAGAUCGUAGGGAUGCUGUGCGUGCACUUAAGUCGCUUUCAAAGAAAUACCGUUUGGAAGUUGGGAUUCAAGCUAUGGACCAUGUUAUCCAUGUUCUCCAGACAGAUCGCUCAGAUUCUGAAAUAAUUGGCUAUGCUUUGGAUACGCUCUACAAUAUCAUAUCUAAUGAUCUGGAAGAAGAGGAGCAAGAAGAAAAUUCGCAGAAGCAAAUGGAAGACAGUGGAAGUCAAUUUACAGAAAUUUUCAUAAAGCAGCAAGAAAAUGUCACCCUUCUGUUGACCUAUUUAGAAGAGUUUGAUUUCCACGUUCGGUGGCCUGGAGUGAAGCUUCUUACAGUGUUGUUAAAGCAGCAGGGGCCCCCAGUUCAGCAGAUCAUACUCGUCAGCCCGAUGGGUGUCUCGAGACUGAUGGACCUACUGGCAGAUUCUAGAGAGGUUAUACGGAAUGAUGGUGUCUUGCUACUUCAGCAGUUGACAAAAAGUAAUGCAGCUAUCCAGAAAAUUGUUGCUUUUGAAAAUGCCUUUGAGAGAUUGCUGGAUAUCAUAACAGAAGAAGGAAACAGUGAUGGAGGCAUAGUUGUGGAGGAUUGUCUUCUUCUGUUGCAAAACCUGUUGAAGAACAACAACUCAAACCAAAAUUUCUUUAAGGAAGGCUCCUAUAUUCAGCGUAUGAAGCCCUGGUUUGAAGUUGGUGAUGACAAUGCUGGGUGGUCAGCUCAGAAAGUGACAAAUCUUCACCUGAUGCUGCAGCUGGUGCGGGUCCUGGUGUCCCCCACAAACCCCCCUGGUGCUACUAGCAGUUGUCAGAAAGCCAUGUUUCAUUGUGGAUUGCUUCAGCAGCUUUGUACAAUCUUGAUGGCCACUGGCGUCCCUGCUGAUAUUCUUACUGAGACCAUCAACACUGUGUCGGAGGUGAUUCGUGGGUGUCAAGUGAACCAAGACUACUUCGCUUCAGUAAAUGCACCUUCAAAUCCACCGAGGCCUGCCAUUGUGGUGCUGCUGAUGUCCAUGGUCAACGAAAGGCAGCCCUUUGUGUUGCGCUGUGCCGUGCUGUACUGUUUUCAGUGCUUUUUGUAUAAGAACCAGAAAGGGCAAGGAGAAAUUGUGUCCACGCUUCUACCUUCAACCAUUGAUGCGACUGGAAAUUCCGUCUCAGCUGGCCAGCUGUUGUGCGGAGGGCUCUUCUCCACGGACUCUCUCUCCAACUGGUGUGCUGCUGUGGCGCUGGCCCACGCUUUGCAAGAAAACGCCCCACUGAAAGAGCAGCUGCUGCGGGUGCAGCUGGCCACCAGUCUGGGGAACCCCCCCGUGUCCUUGCUCCAGCAGUGCACCAACAUCCUGUCUCAGGGAAGCAAAGUGCAGACGAGAGUCGGAUUACUGAUCCUUCUUUGCACCUGGCUGAGCAACUGCCCCAUCGCUGUUACACACUUUCUGCACAAUACUGCCAACGUCCCAUUUCUAACGGGACAGAUAGCUGAAAACCUUAGUGUGGAGGAACACGUGGUUCAGGGGCUGUGUGCGCUUUUACUAGGCAUUUCCAUUUAUUACAAUGACAACUCACUUGAGAAUUAUAGAAAAGAGAAACUAAAGCAACUGAUCGAAAAGAGGAUCGGCAAGGAGAACUUCAUUGAGAAGCUGGGAUUCAUUAGCAAACAUGAGCUCUAUUCCCGAGCAGCUCAGAAACCUCAGCCCAACUUUUCAAGUCCAGACUGCAUGAUGUUUGAUCAUGAAUUUACUAAACUGGUAAAAGAACUAGAAGGUGUUCUAACAAAGGCAAUUUAUAAGACCUCUGAGGAGGAUAAAAAGGAAGAAGAGGUGAAGAAGACCUUAGAGCAGCAUGAUAACAUCGUGACACACUACAAAAGUGUCAUCCGAGUCCAGGAUCAGGAGCUGGAAGAAUUGAAGAAGCAAGUAGAAUCUUUAAAAGUGCAAAAUGAACAACUGCAGACAACAGUCACGCAGCAAGUGUCACAAAUCCAGCAACACAAGGACCAGUACAAUCUGCUGAAAGUACAGCUAGGAAAAGACAAUCAGCACCAUAGUUCCUGCAACGAUGUGGUUCAAAUGAAUGGCGUUCAGCCAGAAGAAAUAAGCAAAUUGCGUGAGGAGGCAGAAAAAUGGAAGCACAAACUUGAACAACUGGAGCAACAGCUAAGAGAAAAGGAUUAUUUGAUUGAAACUUUGAAGUGUUCACCACCAGCAGUAGGAACAACUGAGGGGUCUUCACAAACGAAGAGUGGUCUUGAGGUGGAGAGUGAACUGCACAGGGAAGUUGAAACCUUGAGAGCCCAAAUCCAAUCACAGACGACAGAUAUUGCCAAACUUCAGACUGAAAAGCAAGAACUGCUUCAGCAAAUGAAUGAAAUUGUAGGCCUAAUGGAGGGAAGGACAUCACUGAAACAGCAGCUGGACUCUGCCAACAGUACCGCUGCUAUUUUGCGGACUGAGAAAAGCGCAUUGCAGCAGGAACUGGCCGAAUCUAAAAAAGAGCAGGAUGACCUUCUGGUUCUUCUGGCUGACCAGGAUCAGAAAAUAAUUGCACUGAAGAAUAAGCUCAAGGAACUUGGAGAACCGGUUGAAGAUGAGGAUGAUACCGAAUCUGGUGACCAAGGUGAGGAAGAUGAAGAAGAUGGGAAAGAAGAGACAGAAGAUUAAUUGGGUUUUAAUGCGUCAGAUUUGGGAAUCUCGUCUUGCAUUGAAAUAGCAU